UAUCAGGUAACAGUCACAUUUAUCCUAAUCCUUCCCUAUCCACAACUAAAUCCACACUCACUCAUCUCAACUACAAAAGCCGUCGGCCGGACUUCCCUCAUUAGUCUUCUGCUUCCUUCGUCAUGGCCACCGCCGACUUGGUCCUUUCUCUCCUCCUCCUCUUCUCCAGCUUACCUUCGAGCAUCGUUGCAAAGGAUGACCCGGGGCACGUAAACGUCAGCGUCCAGGCCGAUUACGUCGUCGCCAGAACAGAUGGCAACUUCAUCUGCGCCACCGUCGACUGGUGGCCGCCCGAGAAGUGUGACUUCGGCGAUUGCUCCUGGGGAAAUACCUCCAUCAAAAAUUUGGUACGCAUAUCGGUCUCGAGCAGUCGUGUCAUCAUAUGCAUGCAUGCUGAAGUGUGCUCCUUCGUAAUGCAAUCACGGGUGAGUGAAGCAAAGGAUGUCAUUCUCGGCGUUCGAUGUGAUAUCCGUGCUAAGUUUGAUGCUGUGGUGUUGACAGCCUUUGGUACGAUGAGAGUUCGACUCGGAGGGACGUUGCAGGACCAAGUGAAGUACACGAGCAAACCAUGCCACGAAUUCAAAGCUGCCGACGGCGACUCCAAUUACGAGUUCAUAGACGGCUGCAUCAGCUUGAACAGAUGGGACAAGAUCCAUGAGUUCUUCAACACUACUGGUUCGGAAUCAAUGCCCUUCAUGGGAGGGUUAAAGGACAUGAUGGUGUGUAUACAGGUCCAUGGGACCCCGAGAAUGCUCGUUUCUUCAUCCGACACAUCGUCCAGAACAAACAAUACGUCGAUUCAUGGGAGUUUGGUAGUCGCUGAAGCCCCUGCUCUGCAAUGCAUGCAUGAAUCCCUGUCUUUCUCUGAUCUCGCGUCUUCUUCCUUGCGCCAAGGCAACGAGCUGUGCGGAAAUGGCGGCAAAUCCAACUUCCUCGUGGACGGCAACCAGUACGGGUUGGACCUGAUCGCCUUCAAGGCGAUGCUCAUCGAUGAGUACGCUAAAUUCGGAGGUCCACCGAAGGUCGCGGCGCCGGGUGGGUUCUACGUCGAGGACUGGUACAAGAACAUGCUGUCCACCUCGGGCUACGGCGUCGUCGACAUCGUCACGCAUCACGUCUACAACCUCGGCUCAGGUGGUGAUGGGAACCUAGUCGACAAGGUCACCGAUCCCAAAGUGCUGGACAAUAUUGUCCCUACGUACAACGAGGUCGUGGGUACCAUCAAGAGCGCCGGCCCUUGGAGCUCUGCCUGGGUGGGAGAAUCCGGUGGCGCUCACAGUAGCGGCGGCAAGGGGCUGUCGAACACCUUUGCGAAUAGUUUCUGGUACUUGGAUCAGCUUGGGAUGGUGUCCAGGCAUCAUCACAAGGUCUUCUGCCGGCAAACCUUGAUCGGAGGCAACUACGGCCUCCUCGACCACGACACCUUCGUGCCAAACCCCGACUACUACAGCGCUCUGUUGUGGCAUCGAUUGAUGGGGACUGGCGUUCUGGAAGCGUCGCAUGAUGGCCACGCACACCUUCGAUCCUACGCACAUUGCUCCAAGAACACACCUGGUGGUGUUACCUUACUGCUGAUCAACCUCUCGGACUCGAUCACGUUCGAGAUUGAGAUUAAUGGCGGCACCAAAUCGUACGAACGUGAGAUCAGGUCUCGUCCGUUGGCCAAAGACGACAAGGAUCAAAGCAACAGGGAGGCGUUCCAUCUCACACCCAAAGAUGGCGAUAUCCAGAGCACUGUGAUGCUUCUCAAUGGAAAGGAACUGAUGCUCGACGGCAAGAACAGCAUUCCUGCUUUGGAUCCCAUGGUCGUCGAAGCUUCUGAUCCUCUUCGCAUUGCUCCUCGCUCGAUUGCCUUCGUCAAGCUCAAGGACUUCAAUGCCGCUGCUUGCAGAUAGCUCCAUGUAGUUAGUUCCCUUCUCCAUUUACCUGUUGACAUAAUAAAAAGAUUUUGUCUGUUGAUACGAUAACAUUUUUGUGUUGA